AUUUCUCUGGAGAAAAAGAUAUGAUGUUGAGCGAACGUAAAUUUGGUAUUGAGAAUAUGACUUCAAUGUCGGAGAUAGAUGAAAAUAGGAUAAACGAAAAUCUUCAUAUUCGAUACUGUAACGACAUUAUAUAUACUUAUACCGGCUCAAUACUUAUUGCCGUUAAUCCCUAUAAAACCAUAAAUAUAUUCAAUAAGGAAGAAGUUUCCGAAUAUCAUAAGCGCAGAUUAGGGGAUUUGUCGCCUCAUGUGUUUGCUUUAGCUGAAGCAGCUUACACCAGCAUGGUCGAUGACCACAAAAAUCAGGCAUGUGUUAUAUCUGGAGAAUCUGGAGCUGGAAAAACCGAGACAACUAAAUUUAUACUGCAGUAUUUAUGCACAAUUACAUCAAACGUUUCUUCUUGGGUGCAACAACAAAUUUUGGAGGCCAACACCAUUUUGGAAGCAUUUGGAAAUGCUAAAACCAUCCGAAAUGAUAACAGUUCUAGGUUUGGAAAAUUUAUGCAAGUUUGUUUUGAUGACUUCAAUAGUAUAAAAGGAUGCAUUAUUCAAGACUACUUGCUUGAACAGUCACGAAUAACAUUUCAAAGUGAAGGCGAACGAAACUAUCAUAUAAUGUAUCAGUUAGUGGCUCAGGGGCAAAAAAAUAACGAAAUAGCAAGAUCAUUUUUUUUAAGGCCACCGGAGUUUUAUAAAUAUCUAAACACUGCAAACACUGAAAAGAUAAACAUAGACAUCGAAUCAAUAAAAUUUGAUGCCGUUACCAUGGCUUUUACGGUUCUACAAAUUCCUCAAUUUGUAAUUGACGGCGUUUUCAAAGUAAUAAGUUCUAUAUUGUGGUUAGGUAAUAUAGAGUUUAUGGACAUUGAUGGAGAGGGAUGCGAUUUUUCAAAUACAGACCAGGAAGCCAUUUCAAAUAUAUCAAACCUAUUGGGACUUAAGUGCUGUGAUCUUCAAAAGGUUUUAUUAAUCCGCCAAAUAAAUGUUCGAGGAAAUAUUACUGAGAUCCCUUUAAAAAUAAAAGAAGCAAUUGAAAACAGACAUUCUAUGGCAAAAGCAUUGUACUCGAAAACGUUUACGUGGCUGGUUACAAAAAUUAAUAACUGUACAAAUCCUGGACAAGAUGGCGCCAAAUUUCUUGGAGUUCUCGAUAUAUUUGGAUUUGAAAAUUUUACUCACAACUCAUUUGAACAACUGUGUAUAAACUAUACCAACGAAAAGCUUCACAAAUUUUUUAAUCAUUAUGUUUUCGCUUUAGAACAAUCGAUCUACAAACAAGAAGAAAUCGUCUUUGGGCAUGUAGACUUCACAGAUAACUCUUAUUGCUUGGAAUUGAUAGAAAAACCUCCCCGUUGUGUGUUAAAACUACUGACAGAGCAAUGCCAUAUGCCAAAGGGUUCCGAUUUAGCAUAUUUAAAUAAUAUGCACUCAGAGUUUGAAUUUCAUCCAAAUUAUAUUAAAGGAUUUGAUCGUCGUCAUUGGGAAACUGAGUUUGGAAUAAAACAUUACGCUGGCAAUGUAAUUUAUGCUGUUGAUGGAUUUGUGGAAAAAAAUCGAGAUGUUCAACAAGACGUUUUGUUUGACUAUAUGAAUAACAGUGAAGAUAUGUUUAUAAAGGAUUUAUCUAAUUACCAGGAUCUUCAAUUCAUCAGUUCAAGUUAUCCUCGAGGCUCUUCUAAAACGAAGUGUACUGUUAGUGAUAAUUUUCGGCAUCAAUUACAGUCCCUUAUAGAUGUUCUUCAAAAUACUAAACCAUGGUACGUUCGCUGUAUAAAACCGAAUUUACUAAAACGACCAAAUAACUAUGACAAAUCAUUAGUUCUUGAUCAGUUAAAGUAUCUUGGCGUUGUGGACAUAAUUCGGAUAAGAAAAGAGGGGUUUCCAAUUCACUUAAGUCAUGAAGAUUUUAUCACAAAAUAUAAAUGCCUGAUGACAGAAAAGUCUGUUGAGGAUUCAUAUAAGUAUAUAUCCAAUAUAAUGGACUUAAAUGACUUGCCAAAUACGGAGUGGCAAAUAGGAAAAACUAAAAUAUUCCUGCGAAGUACUGUGCAUCGCCUAUUGGAAUUCAACCGAAAAGAAAAAAUAUAUAAAAACGCUGUAACUAUUCAAAAAAACUGGAAACGAUUUCAUUGUUUUAAGUCGUUCUUACGCAUUAAACUGGCAGUUUUAAAAAUACAACAUGCGUAUAAAGGCUGGAAAUUAAGAAUUCGAUUUAUAAAAAUGAGGCGCAGUGCAAUCGUCAUACAAAGUCGUUUACGUGGAGUAUUCGCUCGAGAGGUGGCGACAGCAUUGAGGGAAAUGAGGCGCGUAGAUGAGGAAAUGAAAAAGCGUAAUAAAGUAUAUGAGCAAUUUACCAAUAUCCAUACCAGUGCUUUAGCAGAUUGUGAAAGAUUACUGCAAGAGGAAAUAAACGUGCUGACUCAUAUAUCCGAAAAUAUUGAAAAUUCCCAAAAGCCGUUAUUGAACGACCAUCAAUGUAACAAAAAUUCAAGUGAAACCUCAAUAAUACAAGACAGCGUUCAACUGGACACAAUAUUCGCAUUUUUGUCAGAUUCAACCGAGGAAACUCUGGAUAACCCACUAAUUGAAGAAAUAAAUAACAAAAUGAAUAAUUUGGUUAAAGACCUGGAUGACGAAAUUAAAUUAUCCGUGCAAGACGACAUGAGUUUUAAAAACAACGAAACAGUAAAAGCUUUAGCUACCAAAGGUGUUCCAUCUCUUCCAGAGCCCACAGUUCCUCCACCACCACCACCUACAUCUCUAAUAAUUAAACAGAAGUAUUCAAAACCUGAGCAUAUAUAUGAAGCUAUAAACGCAAAUAAACUAACGACCAAGAAGGGAAUUUCAAAUGAAAAUAAUAUUUUCUUGAAAUAUAAAAUUAUAAAGGAACACAACAAAAAUUCACCAACUUUAGCCUCUUCGUCAUUAAAUAAGUACCAACUAGAUGAUGAACGAGAGCAGAGACGAAAACAUAGGGUGGAAAAAAAAAUUUUUGAACUUAACUGUAACGAAGAUGGCCAAAAAGAUAUUCACAAUGACGAUUCAUUUUACAAUAUCUAUGAGUUUGCGGAAAACUAUUUUAAUAGCCACGAGAUUAAGAGGGAUAAUAACCUAUUUUCAGAAAAAGAGGAGAAAAAAAACGAUUCUGUAAAAAAACACGAAAUGACAAUGUUUUCAAGAACUGGCCAAAUUCCAACAUCACAUAUUCAUAUGUACGAUCCAGAGAAUGUUUUAUUGUCAUGCAACAUAUUUAGCGAGCUUUGGAAAUAUAUGCGAGGUGAACAUACUGCAGAGCAAGAGCUACAGAUAAUUCAAUAUAUUAUUGGACUCGGCAUAGAAAGAGAAGAAUUACGUGAUGAGAUAUUUGUUCAAUGCAUUCGUCAAACAAGAAACAACCCAAGUAUUGAAUGGAAUGACAGAAUUUGGCUUAUUAUGUGUCUCUCCAUCGUUGCUUUUCAGCCAAGUAAACUUUUGUUUAGAUAUUUUGUUUCUUUUAUAAAAAAAAGUAUAAAGCAUUUAGAUGGAAAACUUAGGCAAUACGCGCAAUGGUGCUUUGAUAACUGUAAAAGUACAAAAGUUUCAACCCGAGUAUAUCCACCAUCUAGUGUCGAAGUUGCGGCUAUGCGACGUCUUGGAACUAUAGUGUGCAGAUUUUUUUUGGACGCACGUACUAAAGCUAUUGAUGUUCAUCCGACUGACACUGCAGGUGACGCUGUGCAAAAACUCGCUGAAAAACUAAACUUAACUUCAACUGAUGGGUGGGCAAUUUAUCAGUCACGGCCGGAUGGUGAAGAACACAUAAAAAGUUUUGAUUAUUUGUAUGAUGUAAUUUCUGCAUGGGAACAUAAACAAGCUUCCAGUAAUGCCUUGAAAAGGCUUGUAAAUGGACCACCAUCAGGAGAAAAUCGAUUUGUUUAAAAAAGAUUAUUUAAAUCAACUCAUGAACUAUCUCAAGAUCCUGUUGAAGUAAGCAUGCUAUAUUCACAAGCGGUUCACAGCGUUGUCAAAAAAGAUGAAUUCCCGGUUAGUGAAAAGGUGGCUCUUCAAUUAGCCGGGCUUCAAGCUCAAGUGGCAUUAGGAGAUCCAUCGAACCAGCCAAAACCAGAAUAUUAUUCAGAUAUAAACAGUUUUUUACCAAGCAGAAUAUCAAAAACAAGAGAGCUAGAAUUCUGGAUACCAAUUUUAGCCCAGGCCCACCGACAAUAUGGGUCCUCGAGAAGUGAAGUCACAGCUAAAGUUUUAUACCUAAGUUGCGUAAUGCAAUAUCCACUUUAUGGAACAACAAUGUUCAAAGUUAUUUACAAGGGAUACUGGAACUUUGCAAGCAAUAUUAUACUUGGAAUACAUUGUGAAGGAAUAAUGUUUAUUCACCCUGAAGACAAAUCUGUCAUUUACCAAUUUAAGUACACAGAUAUUGAAUCAAUUAUGUUGGAUCCUAGUGAUAGUUUUAUUACUAUAUCACUUCAUCGUAACGUAAAUCAAUUACAAAAAAACUCCCGUGAAGGAAAUUCAGUUUUAGAGUCUCAGAAAUGUUUUGUUUUUGAGACAUUGCAAAAAAAUGAGAUAGGAUCUUUAAUUAUUUCUUAUUACCCUUCUCUAUCGAAUUGGAUCUUAAACAUUGUGGAGUGCUCAAACAAAAUUAAAGGAACUACCAAUGAAGACAGAUUAAGAUUAUAUCAAAAUGUUGUUCUUUGUAGGCGACAACUAGUGGAUUUGAAUAUAGUUAAAAAGCCUCAAGAGUUAGGAGGCUUUUUAAGAAACACCCUAAGGCGUUUAUCAAAGCACAGACUAGAAAAAUUGAGGUCGGAGCAAGGGUCCAACGUUCAAGAUCACGGCGAAACGUAUAAAGGUUUUUCUCACUCAUUUUGGGCAUUUAGCAAACAACAAAUUCCAUUUUGUUUAAGUAACAUUUCUGACCAAGAAGAGGGUAUUAUGGUGCAAAUAUUUGAUUCGAUUUUAACUUUUUCUGGACUUGGAACUUCAGGAGAAACAAUAAAACGUGCUGAAGAUGAGCAUGUUCGGAUAGUGCAAUCUAUAAUGGAAAAAUGUAUGAAAAAGGAGUCUUUAUUAAAUGAACUUUACCUUCAACUGAUUAAACAGACUACUGAUCAUCCAGAUGCUAACUCAAGAGUUAAUUUAAAAAAUUGGGCACUAUUGUCAGUAUUAUGCAGUGUAAUAUUGCCAUCAAUUAAAGCUGUUCGGAAGUACCUUAUUGCUCAUCUAAAAAGAUGCUCGAGUGAUGUUUUGUCUGAGGAGGGUAAAUACGCAAGGUUUGCAGAAAAUUGUUUUUUUAGAACUCAAGGAACAAGGCGUCGUCAGUGGCCCCCAAGCAGCGAAGAAAUUUUGUGCACUACCAAUCGCCGACCUUGCUACUCGAAGUUUUAUUUUAUGGAUGGACAAUAUUAUUCAAUUGAAUUUCAACCAAGUUCUACGGCUAGUGAUGUUUUGGAAAUUAUAAAGAAGAAAAUUGGACUUCAAGAUAAUUCCAAGGGAUAUUCCAUUUAUGAAGUCAUAGGAAACUCGGAAAGAAGCCUUUUGCCAGAAGAAAAAGUGUGUGAUAUAAUGGCAAAAUGGGAAAAGUAUCAGGCUUCGUCACAGCAAGGAACUCAAUAUCAGACUUCUCAUACAGCCUCUUCCCGACAACAUCAAUAUAUGUUCCUAUUUAAAAAACAUUUAUUUUUCGACAACUACAUAAAUUUAGAGGACACUGUUGAAAAAGAGUUGUUAUAUAACCAAAUCCUACAUAGCCUCAGAAGUGAGAGGUACCCAAUUACAGAAAUGGAAGCGAUUAUGUUAACUGCUCUUCAGAGCCAACUUGAGCUUGGCGAUUGUUCUGAAAUGCUGACUGACUACAGGGUUGUCGCUAGCCAUUGCUUACCCCCGAGAUUUGUCCCAAAUCUACCACGCGAAGCUGUGGCAAUGCAUCAUCAAAGUCUUCGAGGAAUGCUACCAGCUGAAGCUAAAAAAGCGUUUCUCAAUUUGAUACAAAGUUGGCCACUUCAUCGGGCAACCAUUUUUGAUGUUAUGCAAAGCUUUACUUCGAAUUGGCCUCGAAUGUUGUGGCUAGCAAUAGACCAAAACGGUAUUCACCUACUUCAGCAUCGUUCAAGAAAUAUAUUAUGCACUCAUGGCUACGAAUCUAUAAUAUCUUUUUCUCCUAAUUUAAAUUCGGUUAUGAUAUUUACUGGAACGGAAAAAAAACAAUCCAAAGUGGUUUUAAGUACUUCCCAGGCUUUUCAAAUCACCACAUUAAUUCGGGAAUACUCUGAAAUUGCGAAAGGCAUCAAAUGAACAAAUCUUAAAAUUAAGAUAACAAUUGAUAAUCCGUUUAGAACUCCACUUAUAAUAAAUACAAAUUGUAACAAAAUUGUUAAUAA